AUGGACGAUGAGGGUCACAAUAAACCGGUACUUCCUAUCGUGCCGGAGAAAUGCGGACCACCCACCAUCAGUCUGAACUACUUACUGGACUUUGCGAUCCAGCAAAUUUACCAUGAAAUCACGGUGCUGUCAGAACUACUGCCAAAGAAGCUGGAUGGUGACAAAAAGAUUAGCUUGGUGCAGUUCGCGCACUCAACGCGAAUGUUGUUCGUGAAGUUGUUGGCUGUCGUAAAGUGGGUGAAAUCGUCGAAGAAGUUUGAAUCUUGCGCUGCGAUAUGUUAUCUUCUGGAUCAACAUUCGCAAUAUUUCGUGGAAACUGCGGACCGUCUAGUUGCAAUAUCGCGCGAAGAACUUGUGUUGGCUCGUUUACCUGCUUUUCAAAUCACAGCUGCCGUCGACGUCCUGCAGUAUCGAAUAUCAAAAGUUUCGUCUACGUUGUCUCCGCGCAUCAAGGGUAUCGUGAUAAGAAAUGGAAUGCUCAUUCUGACAGUUCCCGGUGAAUUCGAAGUAAGCCUAACGGUCUUGGGUGAACGAGAGCAAACACCUUGGACAUUGUUGAACAUCAAAAUGUUGGUCGAAGAUUACGAGAUUGGUUAUGGAGCCCAACUGGUUCAUCCUUUGCAGCUGCACAUGUUGCACAGUGUGCUUCAGCAUAGGAUGGACAUUGCAAAAAAUCCUAUAAACGAAGUGUACAACUUUCUUCAUACGUUUGCACAGUCGCUUCAACUUGAUGUUCUUUUUUGCCAAGCGUCACAAUUAGCUAUGGGACGCCUGAGGAACAAAAUAGUCAUUGAGAACUAUGAUCCCAAAGAGCGCGUCUUGUCUAUCGGAUAUUGGGUUCAGCGUAUUACGAAAAAAGGCUUAACUAAUCACGUUAGACUAGAACCUCAGUAUCGUGUAACAAUUUUUGGCGAUGACGGUUGUGAUACAACGUUAAAUGUGCGACACCAUCCAGUUGCACCCGAUCUCGGCCAGCUUGAUAGUCGGUCCGGGUGCGAAAAUCGAACUUUUACGGCGACCGAUAUUACAUCUGCUUACAUUAUGCGCCUCUCAAUUGAUCGUCUAUUAUCGGAAACACUGGUUGUUCGCUGCCGCGAACGACUGCUUCGAAUUCGAAAACGGCUUAAAGCAGCAAAACCUCUUUCAAUUGUUAUCUAUGCCGAGUUUCUUCCUGGUUCUGCUGCGGAGCUCAAAGAAUUUGAGACAGUUCUAUACAAUGGGCAGUCUAUAGAUUCUCUGCGUAAACGAAUUGAUCGACUGAAAGUACUGCUGAUGAUCGAGAGAUAUCGAAGAUCUGUUGCAACACUUCAAGUGCGUAUAAUCAAUGAAAAUCAAAUGGCACCCUUCUUUAAGAAGGUUCAUUCUCUCCCGGCUGAUCGUAUUUGUUUGCAAUUUAUCAAAGAGGAGCACUUCUAUUUGGAGAAGCAACUUAUUUCGGCACCAAUUGACGAAGUGGUAGACAAAGAAGCAAAAGCGUUCGGUCGAUUCGAGAACGAUGACGUGUGGACACCUAAUGUGAAAUUUAACCGCUUGGGACCGUCUAUGGUAAGGCAGUUGACUACUGCUGUGGCUGCUGUUGAUGACCGCAUAUCGUUUAUGCGUGUGUGUGAAGAACUGGAUAAAAAACGGAUCGGUUACCGUAGCGUCGAAGAGGAACCACACGUUGGUGGAUUGAUUUUGCAUAUAACAGAUGUUUCGGCCGUAGUUGAUGUACGCUGUGCAGCAUUUCUGCGUAACAUGGCAAGAUGUUGUCUUCGCCUUGACAGCAGAACUCGAGUGGUUUGGCCUCUCGAGUGUUGUAUGGUGAACAUCCCGCUUGUACGUGAUCUCAGUCCUUACAGGAAAGGACGCAAGAUUGGUGUAUGGGUACAUGAGCAGACGGGUAUCAAUGCUGGUGGACCCACGGACACUAUUGCAACGUCAAUUAUUGAGCGGUUAACCCGCUACUCGCACAUUUACGACACUGUUAAUAGAUUCGCAAAGGCUUAUGAUGCACAUUACAAUAAGCUCUGCAGUGUUUGUUUAAUUCCAUGUUUAUCUCAAGAUUCUUUCACUAUAAAAGCCCAAAAGAGCAAAUUUUUAGUCCAAGCGUAUACAUUCCACAAACUUGUAAUUGCAUAUGGUCGUGAACGAGAUCAACAACUCAUUGUAUCAUUCCGUCCUCGAAGCGCUUUGAAUGAACGGUUCAAUCUUAAUUUUGGGCAGGUUGGAAACAAAAAUGUGACUCUACCAAUUUCUGUGUAUGACUCACCUGAAGUUAACUUGCAAGAAGCCACUCGCUGGAAUGCUCACUGUAUGAUGACUACAAUUCUAAAGGAGAAGUACGAUGGGCUUUCUAUCGAUGAGUGA